AUGUCCAUGGUGGUGAGGGACAACCAAACUUUCUUCUCAGAUUUCUUACUACUGGACCUUCCUAUCCCCUCAGUGUACCACCACCUAUUCAAUAUGCUGUUCUUGGCCAUUUACCUCACCACCAUCCUGGGGAACCUGUUAAUCAUCAUCCUCAUUCUACUGGACUCCCAUCUCCACACACCCAUGUACUUGUUUCUCAGCAACUUGUCCUUCUCUGACCUCUGUUUCUCCUCUGUCACAAUGCCCAAAUUGCUGCAGAACAUGCAGAGCCAAAUACCAUCCAUCAACUAUGGAGGCUGCCUGACACAGCUGUACUUCUAUAUGUUUUUUGGAGACAUGGAGAACUUUCUUCUUGUGGCCAUGGCCUAUGACCGCUAUGUGGCCAUUUGCUUUCCUCUUCAUUACACCAGCAUCAUGAGCCCCAAGCUCUGUGCUUGUCUAUUGCUGCCAUUGUGGAUGCUGACCACAUUACAUGCCAUGAUGCACACCAUUCUCACAGCUGGAUUGUCUUUUUGCGAAAACAAUGUGAUUCUCCACUUUUUCUGUGACUUAUAUGCUCUUCUGAAGUUAGCCUGCUCAGACACUUAUGUUAAUGAGUUGAUGAUAUUUAUCUCAGGAGGGCUCACUGUUGUCAUGCCUUUCCUACUCAUUGUUAUGUCCUAUGCCAGGAUUGUCUCCUCCAUUCUCAAGCUUUCUUCUACCCAGGGCAUCUAUAAGGUCUUCUCUACCUGUGGUUCCCACCUGUCUGUGGUUUCUUUGUACUAUGGGACAAUAAUUGGUCUCUACUUAUGUCCAUCAGGUAAUAACUCUACUGUAAAGGAGACUACCAUGGCUAUGAUGUACACAGUGGUGACUCCAAUGCUUAACCCUUUCAUCUACAGCCUGAGGAACAGAGACAUGAAGAGGGCCCUAAUGAGAAUUAUCUGCAAUAAGAAAAUCUCUUUGUAA